CUUUGUUUAAAUAACGGGAAUUUACAGUAGAUGGAGGGGAGUUAAUCUAACAUAGGGGAGUUAAUCUAACAUUUUCAUCGAAGGUGUGACGAGAGCUUAUCUUAUAGGCUUAAAAACGUGCUAGUGAAAAGAAAAAAACAAGACAGAAAUUAGAAGGUUGACCCUCUGAGUGAUCUGAUGACGUCACCGACACGCCGGUAAACCGCCCGGCCAGGUGACAUCCGUGACAGCCGAGUGUCUAUAAUGUAUGCGGGGAGCCGGGUGCAGCUGCAUCAUGUGUGAACCCCAGGUCAGUCCAGUCUGCCCGUCCCUGCCCAAACAGAUGGAUCUAAUUACGAGAGAUGAUGAUCUGAACGACGCCUUAAUUGGGAAAUCGAUGUCCACUAAUGUCUUUCAUGACAUUGAGCUACACUUUGAUAAAACCCAAUGUACAUCUUCACAAGAUUUUAAUCAAGUUAGAAGAGAGAGCAACGCAAUUUUCUUAGAUGACUCGCUAUCUACAAAUAUUGUUUCGGAAAACUUACUUGUAAAAGUGGACAAAUUUAGUACUGAAAACAGAACAUCGGAGAAAUUUAAAAACUGCGAUUUCGAAAAUGUGAGUGAUUUCUCAAACAAGUUUUCGGAGAGAAAAAAAUACGAGAAAAUUUCUCCGAAUAACGUUUAUGGAGUAGGAACGAAUCUUACGGAGAAAAGGAUUUACCUUCAUUCUUAUCUGACGACGUUUUUGGAAUUUCUUUGCCUGAAAGACACCAUGAUAACAUUUUCCUUCCCAACACAUAGGAAGAGGGUUAACCGGAUAGAACAGGUCGUGUUGUUCGUGUUCCUAGGUUUGAUCCAACUUUCGAGCUGCCUCAGGACUGGGCAGUACCCGGCAUACGAUAGCAUGUGUAUGUCUAGGCUUCAGCAGGUUCCGGUGAUGUGGGAUUGUAAGGGGUAUAUUCAGUGUAUGCCGCUAGGGGAGGGCACUUUCAGGGCAGUUUGGCUGGAGUGUAGCGAGGGGAGGUACUACGACCCUGACAAGGCUGCCUGUGUUGUACACUACGACAAAUGCCGUCCACCACGAGACGUGGCACUAAAUAUCUGCCCUUCCAAGCCCUACCUGAAAUUCCCCCACCCAGCGUCCUGUGCACUCUACUACGACUGCAGCCAGCCCAGGAGUCGGCCGGGCCUCGCCGCCUGGGAGAACGAGUGCCCCGACCCCCUCCUGUUUGACGAGGCGACCUACACCUGCCGAAAGCGAAACGAUGGCGACACGCAGUUUUGUGGGUCAAGGCCAGAACCGAAUGGCAAAUGUGAGUACAGGCUGGGGUGUACGGACAAGAAUUGCACGGGACUGGACGAUGGACCCCACUACGACCCCGCCGCCCCCUUCACUGAGAAAUAUUACUUGUGUAAGAACGGCUCUGUGAGUGAGAGAAAAACGUGCGAGGAGGAUGGCCACAUAUUUGACGCCCACAAGAGGGAAUGUACAGACACCCCAACUGAAGAUUCCGUCCACAAUUUUUGUCUGAAGAACCCCACCGCCAUCUUUCCCGAUCCAUCCAGAUGUUCACUUUUCUACGAUUGUUCACAAUACAGUUGGCACCCAUCUCUCAAGCCCUAUCAGACGGAGUGCGCCUAUCCCAGGUUAUUUGACCCCGAAACCUCGUCAUGUGCCAGUUUUUUGGACGUUCGAUGUGGCCGCAGGAAAGAAACCAUCCAGCCUUGUGAUUACAUUGUCGGCCAUUGUGUUGAUGCGGGUUGCGUCCCUUGCGUGGCGUCCUGUCUGGGCCUGCGAGAUGGCUCCAACGCCUACCCAGGUCGUGUGUUGACCGUGUCCUACCUUGUGUGCCAACGAGAGAGGACCAUCGAUAUUAGGACAUGCGCGGGAGGCUCUGUUUUUGAUCCUCAGAUGCGCACUUGCCUCAGUGAAAUAAGUUCCGCAACCUUGGAUAUCUACUGUGCCAACAACCCUGAUGGACGUCUGCUACACCCGAGUGAGUGUUCCAUGUUCUACAGCUGUACUCAACACAACAACACACAGACCAACCCAAAUCUCCCACCUAGAGCCAUAGAAUGCAAGUAUCCCUACCUAGUGGAUGCAGGGACUGUGAUGUGCAAGCCUCACACACUGGUCAAAUGUGGGGCGAGGAGGGAGCCAUUUUCUCCUUGUGACUAUGUCAGUAACAGAUGUACCAGUCAAGCCUGUACCAAAUGUGAGCUAGUAAUGCCUUCAUGCUAUGGCAAGGCAGAUAACUACUACCCUGCUAUCAAUCAGGAGAUGACAGCACACUACAUUGUGUGUAAAGAUCAAAGAGUAAUGGGAGCUGGAGUGUGUCCUAAUGGCACAAUCUUUGACAUUCGAACUUUGACCUGCACAGAUACUGUUUACCCUUUGUCACUGCUAGAGUUCUGCACCAAUUAUCACACAGGCCGGGUACAGAACCCAUCCAACUGUGCCCAGUACUACGACUGUGCCACGUCUCUGACAGAGGUCACAGAGUGCACCUACCCUGACCUGUAUGACGUCACAUCUCACCUGUGUUUACCAUACUCACAGGUCACCUGCGCUGGGAGACCAAUUUUUUUAGAUCCAUGUGAUAGUUUUACCUUCUGUCCUGUCCAGCCUUGCCCCUAUUGUAACUCAGCAUACCCUUCAUGUGUUGGUCGCAAUGGUGCAGUGGGUGGGUUCAGGUUCGAACCUUCCAUGUAUUACCAGUGUGUGAAUGAAAGGCUGGUCUUGAAGUAUUGCCAGACAACAUUCAACUGGACAGCACGAGCUUGCAAUGAACUUAUCAGCCCAGUUUCCUUUGUACAAUAUGUGGCAACCACUGCUGCCCCUACAACUCUGCCACCAAGAACAACAACUACAAGUAUUCCACCAACUGCAGCCACCAUUGGGAAUAUUUGUAAAGCGACGCCGAGACAAGUCCUGACUAAAGAUGAUAACUGCGCUCAGUUUUACAACUGUUCCAAGCCAAGAAGUCCCCUAGGUCCAUAUGUUGACGAGUGUCCAGUGGGUAGCUUGUUCAACACAAAAACAAAAACCUGUCAGCCCUACAGUGAGGUUCAGUGUCUAGGCAGGCUUGAACCUAAACAAGCAUGUGAUUAUCAACCCAACUGUAACAGAACUGGCUCAGGAUGCCCUGAUUGUCUUCUGACUUUCCCAUCAUGCAUCAAUGUCACUAAUGGCGUGGCCGCUCACUCUUCUGUCUUUCAAUACUCCCAAGUUUACUGUAGGAAUGGAAGAGUUGUUAAUGCAACUUUGUGUCCAGCUGGUCAGUUUUAUGAUGGCAUAAGGAAACAAUGUUCUUCAUUUAUGAGUAAUGAUUUUAUAAAGUCAGUGUGUAGGACUAGGUCAGACCAGCUUCUCACCCACCCUUUGAGCUGUGCUAAAUAUAUCAAAUGUGAGGCCACAAAUCCAAGGAAUGCUAGUAGCUUAAACUUUCAAUUAAAAGAGUGUCCUUACCCGCUUCUGUUUCAAAAUGGAAUGUGUCUCAACUACAAGACUGUUCAGUGUGGUAGAAGAAAGCAAGCAAUAGCACCAUGUGAUUAUGAUGAACUUAGGAAAUGUAAAUUCAGUGACAGUUCUUGUCGCGUUAACUCUGCUGAUACAUGCCCUGAUAAACAUGAACUGACUUGCGUCCCUUGUGAGAAGAGAUAUCCAUCUUGUAUAGGUAGCCCUAAUGGACUUGUGGCCUACCCUGGCAGGCUGUUUACACCUGAUUUUGUCCGCUGUGAUGAAGGCAGAACUCUUGCUAUAUUGAAGUGUGUCCAGUCUAUGUUUGACCCAGAUGCCAGAACAUGUGGACUUAAACUGGACACAGUAAUGAAGCAGGUGCAACGGAAUCCUGUCUCCUUCUGCCAACGCUACCCCACUGCUCUCAUCCCACAUGAAACCCACUGUGCCAGAUUUUUUAACUGCUCAGCACCUGCCACCCCCGGCAUUGAGGGGGUGGCGCACCUACAGGAGUGCCGACACCCAAAGCUUUUUGACAGCAACCAGAGGAGGUGUGAGAACUUUAUAGAGGUUCUCAACACUGUUGGAUGUGGCACCAAGAUCCAGCCCAAGCAUUUCUGUGACUACGCAUCAUUGUGUCCCAGUCAACGGUUCAAAACAUGUGAUGACUGCAGGAGAGUUCUACCCAGCUGCAAUAACCAGGUCAACGGUAUCCACGGCAACCCCCCAGGACAAGCUUUAGCCUCAGGCUUCAUGUACUGUGUGGAAGGAAGGGUGGUAGCCACUUCCCCCUGCCCCCACGGGUCAAAGUUCCAGGAGUCAGUUAAAUCAUGUGUGCCCCAAACCACACCGAAACGAAAUGGGAAAUAAAGAGGAAAAUUAUAAAUGUAUCCCAAAUUUUAUUGAGUCAUUGCAAUAUUGGUUUCAUAAAUAUGAUUGGUGGAAAAUGCAUUUUUUUUAAUAUGAUGGUAUUAAUAUUUAAAUUAUUUAUUUUGUAACAAAUUUUAAAAUUUUUUCAAUGAUGCUAUUCUAAUUUACAAGCAUGUUUAUUAUUUUAUUUUAUUGGUAACUAUUAAAAACUGCCAAACA